ACUGUCUCCAGAGUCCACAAAGUAUGGCCGCUGUUCAGGUUCCUCCUCAAAAUAUCUUCAGACACCAUCGUCCUGACUAUGAAAGCCCAAGCAAGGGUGAAGCGAAUGGUCUUCUGAACGACCGUGAAGAAGAUUUCCAUUGCCCUUCGGCUAUUGCCAAUAGCACGACUCAUCAUACGCGUCGUACUGUCACCUCACCACCCACACGCCGUGCAAGAUCACUAUCAUUAUCUGACACUGGUCCCUAUGACUCAUCCCAUGAAGACAUAAAUGCACCUGCAAUUGCUCCUCCCAUAGUCCGGAGUUUGUCUCGUUAUGUGCAUUCUGCGAAAGCACAACGCAAGCCCUACGAGAGGCGUGACCCCAGCACAUUACAGCGCCGCUACGCUGCAAGCCAACUUUCCCCCGUUGAUUCUAGAACUUUACCGGACAUUCAGAAGGGCAAGGUUUUACUCGAAAGUCGAUUGCAACACCUGUCUUCUGAAGAAAUUUCGCAAGCCGUCAUCACGAAACACGCCGAUAUUGAAUGGAGGCGCAUGCGUGCUCUGACAACAGCUUGGGAAAUCCAAGCUAUCGAAGAAUACAAAAGAUUUCUUUCGAUGGUUCUUGAAGACGACGGUAGCACAUAUGCCAGUGCUGCAUCAGAACCUUGGGACACCUCGCUCCAAGAGCUCGCUAAAGGGAAUGUGGGUGAACUCGAUGAGCGCCUCCACUUUUGCAUGUCCACAUACAACCCUGACAUAACGUCACUCGCUGUUGGAGAAAAACAGCUUGAUCUUGUCGACAGCAUGGCUCAUUCCCUCGUUAGCGAUUGCGUCAAUGGAGAUCGCUUACCAGACUUCACGAGUUUGGAUGACUCAGAAGAUCAAUGUGGCAGCGGGUGUGAAUCCGAGUCCAUAAACACUAGCAGAAUGUCGCAAGAUUCUGUCAAGUCUGGUGAAACACCUGAUGGAUAGUAAAGCACAGGUUGUACCAUAUUAUGAUGCCUUCUGAUCGUCAAUAUACUUUUCAUUGGACGUUUUCCUCGUAGAUCUGUUUUUAAGUCGAUCAUUAUUCACAUCAUGUGUUU